UCCGCGGGGGGCCGGCGUGUAGCCGGGACCAUGGAGGGGCAGAGCGGCCGCUGCAAGAUCGUGGUGGUGGGGGACGCGGAGUGCGGCAAGACGGCGUUGCUGCAGGUGUUCGCCAAUGAAGCCUACCCCGGGAGUUAUGUCCCCACCGUGUUUGAGAACUACACCGCCAGCUUUGAGAUAGACAAGCGCCGCAUUGAGCUCAACAUGUGGGACACUUCAGGUUCCUCUUACUAUGAUAAUGUCCGGCCCCUCGCCUAUCCUGAUUCGGACGCUGUGCUCAUCUGCUUCGACAUCAGCCGACCAGAAACACUGGACAGUGUCCUCAAGAAGUGGCAAGGGGAGACUCAGGAGUUUUGCCCCAAUGCCAAGGUUGUGCUGGUUGGCUGUAAGCUGGACAUGCGGACCGACCUGGCCACGCUGAGGGAGCUGUCCAAGCAGAGGCUGAUCCCUGUUACACAUGAGCAGGGCACUGUGCUGGCCAAGCAGGUGGGGGCCGUGUCCUACGUGGAGUGCUCCUCCCGGUCCUCUGAGCGCAGCGUCAGGGAUGUCUUCCACGUGGCCACAGUGGCCUCCCUCGGCCGUGGCCACAGGCAGCUGCGCCGGACUGACUCACGCCGGGGACUGCAGCGAUCCACUCAGCUGGCAGGAAGGCCCGACCGGGGGAAUGGGAACGAAGGCGAGAUACACAAGGAUCGAGCCAAGAGUUGCAACCUCAUGUGAGGAGCCGGGGAGGGGCAGAGCGUCAGGAGGGGUGGUGAAGGGCACAACUGUUCCCCUGCCUGCGCCCUGGCUUCCUGACCCCCUGACUGGCUGGAACUUCAGGGCAGGUUGAGUGAGCAAUUCUCCUGGGCAAGGGACCUGGAGGCAGAGGGUACCAUCAUCCCCCACACUCUCACCCCCUCCUCUCCAUAGGAAGCUGAGGGAGCUAGCAGAGCAGGCAUCUGGCUCGGGAGCUCGGACGGGGCAGGGGGUUGAGGGAAGCUGGCAUCGAGCGAGCGGUGACCUUGGUUGAGUCUCAGUAUAUGAAGAGUGCCUUCCCUCCCUGCCCCCAGGCCCCAUGUCCUGGUCCUGGCUUCCUUCCCUAAGGAAAGUGUCCAUUCCAUGAACUUCCCUUUUCCUCUCCUCUCACUUCUACAGCUGUGCUCACUCACCCUAACCUCCAGGCAACAUGCACUAAAUUAAAAAGCAAGUUAAGAAGCCCUUCCCCCCCUAUACCCACCCGUCCUAGCUCCUCCCUCGCUUCCCCAACCGUCCCCAAAUAAAGCCCAUGUCCAUGGAAAA